GCUUAUUUGCACUCGGAAUCUGAAUGUGUGUCGCCCAUCGUGAGGCUGGAAGGUUGAUUCAAGCUCGAGAGAUAAAAACACGUAUCCGAAUUAUACUGCAUUAAGAUGGCAACGCUUGACAGACUUGUUUGUGUAAAAGACUUUGAAGAAAAAGCAACUGGAAUACUAGCGAAGCAUCCGUUGGAUUAUUAUAAAUCAGGCGCCGGACACGAAAACUCUCUUCGAGAUGCAAGAGAUGCGUAUAUGAGGGUGAAACUGAAGCCGAGGGUUCUGCGAGACGUAUCGAAUUGCUGCUUGACCAGCACCGUCCUAGGCAAGCCAACACCUUUGCCCUUCGGAGUGGCACCGACUGCCCUUCAGAGAAUGGCACACCCCGAUGGUGAAAUCGCAAACGCCCGAGCUGCUGAAAAGCUAGGUUCGAUUUUCGUGCUGAGCACUCUGAGCACCACAGCCCUCGAAGACGUGGCGGCUGCGGCGCCGAAAGCGCGCAAGUGGUUCCAGCUCUACAUUUACAAGGACAGAGAGGUCACCAGGCAGUUGGUCAAGAGAGCAGAAAACGCUGGCUUCGAGGCACUCGUCCUCACGGUGGACGCGCCGAUUUUUGGAAUUAGAUACGCUGACACGAGAAAUAAAUUUUCCCUGCCGCCGCAUUUUGAAGUUGCCAACUUCAAAGGAAUAACCAGGAGUGACAUGACCUCCAGCGGCGAAGGGUCGGGCGUAAAUGAAUAUGUGGCGAGCUUGCUGGAUAGAAGUCUUUCUUGGAAAGAUGUUGCCUGGUUGAAAUCGAUUACACCGUUGCCCGUCAUUCUGAAGGGAAUUUUGACAGUCGAAGAUGCUCUAUUGGCGGUGGAGCAUGGAGCGGCAGGAAUAGUCGUCUCCAGUCAUGGCGCAAGGCAAAUUGAUACAGUUCCAGCUCCAUUGGAUGUUCUUCCCGCUAUCGUUGAAAAUCUAAAAGGCACAAAUUGCGAGGUUUACAUUGACGGCGGAGUGUCGACGGGAACUGAUAUUUUCAAGGCGAUUGCAAUAGGUGCAAAAAUGGUGUUUGUCGGGAGACCAGCGAUUUGGGGUUUGGCGUGUGGCGGGCAAGAAGGCGUGGAAAAAGUACUGCACAUCUUGAAAAAGGAGUUGGAAGUGACCAUGGCGCUUUCUGGGACCACUUCAAUAGCCGCUGUCACUAGAGAAUACGUUCUCAUACCGCCUGUCUGGAUGAGCAGCAAAAUGUGAUAAUUUCAUUUGAGAGAGCUAAUUACGUCUCAUUGACUAAUAUGUUAUCGUAAUUUUCCCAAACAGAUUUCGUCCUCGUUAAAUCUACUCUAUUUAUUUCUUCUCUCGCAACAAGUUUUAUUAUAUAUAAUCUAUUGUAUUUAGCCCUUGCAAUGUUGAAAUUAUGCAACUCUAGUGAUUUAUUUUUGAUAAAAAAGUGUCUUAAAAAUUUCAAUCAAUUUUUUCUUUAAAUAAAAUUUACACAAU